GUGAAGCUGUGGUUCGACUCGAGCGCGCUGCAGCUGCUGGUGACGGUGGUGUGCGCGGCGGGCCUGACGCCUCGCGCCAACGGCCAACCACGCAACCCCUACGCCAAGCUCUUCCUGCUGCCUGACCGCAGCGAGAAGUCGAAGCGGCGGACGAAGACGCUGGCGAACACCAACGACCCCAAGUGGAACCAGACGUUCGUGUACUCGUCGGUGCGGCGCGCGGACCUCAAGCAGCGCGCGCUCGAGCUGACGGUGUGGGACUACGUGCGCUACGGCGCCAACGACUUCCUGGGCGAGGCGCUGCUGGAGCUGGGCGGCGCGCCGCUCGACGAGGAGCCCGAGUGGGUGUACCUGACGGCGCACGACGAGCUGUCGGGGCCCGCGCCCACGCCCCACCACGCCCACCACCCACCCAGGACG